AUGUUGCAAAACAGCAUAACAGUUCUUGUUAAUAUCUCUUACUUUGUAUUGUAUGACAGUGACACGACUGAUUAUGAAUUCAUCAACUCAAUGGUCCUCGGGAUUCAGAGACUCCUGGAUCAUAUGGCCGUGAGAGGAAACCCAGCGAAUCGUCAAGGAGGUUCCAUGGUCCCUGCAAGGCCACUAGAAAGAGAAGUUAAUCGUCAAGGAAGUUCUAUGAAAAUCAUUUCUGCCUCCUCCGUUUAUACCAUGGUUCCUGCAAGACAACUAGUAAUCACUCAUUCCGAGAAUAGUCAAAAAUGGGCUUGGAGUUUUAUCAACGAAGCGCCAAACUAUACGACCCUUGAAGUUGCGACGAUGAUUAAAAUUCACUGGCUAAAAAUAUUCGGGAAAAUUGAGACGAGGAAUCUAACACCAGGAACAGAGUAUGAGGCGGUCUUUCUAGUGAAGCUAGAAGAUAAUUCUAUUGGAUGGGAGCAACCAGUGACUCUGAAGCUAAAAGUUGAAGAACACGAUGGUAACGACUAUCGGGUGGAUCGGAAUGAGAAUUUGAAGGAUUACGUAGGCCACAACUGGGUGGAUAUUCUAGCCGGAGUUUUCGUGGUGCCGCCGAGUAACACACCGGCAAAGAUCACUUUCACCAUGUUCCAGUACGUGACCGAUGAUCGGAAAAGGGGUCUCGUUGUCAAAGAUAAUACUCGCUUUGAACGGAGGAUAGUGAUAGAGUUAAAAGACAUAUUCAAACUUCGAAGACAAGCUGUUGUCUGUAUUAGUAAACUAAAUGUUGACAACUUACACAUUAUCAUCACUCCUAGGUUUCAAGGGCCUCAAGUGUUCAUCAACUUUCGGGGAGCUGAGCUGCGCAACAGCUUCGUGGCAUUUCUCGAGCCUAUCUUGAGAGAUGCGAAUAUAAACGCCUGGCCUUAUCAGAAAAAAAGGGUAGCCAGGCUGUUUCUUGUUGAACAAGGAACCACUGACAGGAACGAAAGGGAGUUCAUAAACUCAAUUGUUUUCGAGAUUCAGAGAUUGAUGUCGCAGAUCGCCGUGAGGAGAAACCCAAAAGUAGAAUCGAAUGGCCAAGGAGGAUUUUUGGUCCCUGCAAAAAGACUUGAGAUUACUCACUUUGAUAAUCCUGAAAAAUGGUCCUGGAACAUUGAAAUUGCAACGAUGAUUAACAUUCACACAUUAAUUCAAAUAAACGGAGAUUUUCACACGAGAAAAUUGACACCAGGGAGAAAGUACGAGGUGGUGUUUCUUUUGAGCCUAGAUGAUAGCGCUUUGGGAUGGAAGAAGGACGUAACCCUAACCCUGAAGGUGGUCAUGAGCGGUACAACUAUAACUAGAAGCGAGGAUGAGUGCCAAAAGGCAUUGUGCUUAGAUGAGUACAUAGGAGAAGACUGGGUGGAGAUUCCUGUCGGAAAUUUUGAGGCGCCGCCGACGAAACACAACGCAAAGAUCUUUUUCUCGAUGCGUCAGUAUGUGGACUCUGACCCGAAGAGUGGGCUCGUGGUCAAAGGUGUUGCAGUUCGUCCCGUGGAGUGA